AUGGGUGUCCAGCUUCCGGAACUACAGUUUACCUCGCUCGAGGAGAUCCCCGAGCGCAUCUCCACCGCCCGCAAGGCGUUUCUCGAGCACCGCACGCGCGAUGUCGAGUUCCGUCUCGUGCAGCUUCGCAAGUUCUACUGGGCCAUCAAGGACCACGAGGAGGAGAUCAUCGAAGCUUGCGCCAAGGACCUGAACAAGCCGCGCUUCGAGACCGAGGUCGCGGAGAGCGGCUGGCUGCUUAACGAUGUCGUUUUCACCACCCGCAACCUCCACAAAUGGGUCAAGGAUGAGAGUGCCCCCGAUAUCGAUCUCGCCUUCAAGUUCAUGAAUCCUAAGAUCAGAAAGGAUCCCCUAGGCUGUGUAUUGGUCAUCGGUGCCUUCAACUUCCCCUUCCAGUUGACCCUGGGCCCCGUGAUUGGUGCCAUCGCCGCUGGCAACACCGUCGUCAUCAAGCCGAGCGAGAAUGCUCCCCGCAGCGCUGCUGUGAUGCAGAAGAUUUGCGAGGCCAGUCUUGACCCCUCGUGCUACCAGGUUAUCCAGGGAGGCGUCGCUGAGACCCAGGCAUUGCUCGCUGAGCGAUGGGAUAAGAUCUUCUUCACCGGCGGUGCCAAUGUUGGCCGAAUCAUUGCUAAGGCUGCUGCCCCCCACCUGACCCCGGUCGUCCUCGAGCUGGGUGGUAUCAACCCGGCUAUUAUCACCAAGAAUGCCGAUCCGAGACUGGUAGCCCGCCGCUUGCUUUGGGCCAAGCUCAUGAAUGCAGGCCAGCUCUGCACCUCACAGAACUAUCUGCUCGUCGACAAGUCGCUUGUGCCCCAGGUGGUGGAGGAGUUCAAGAAGGCCUACAAGGAGUUCUACCCCCAGGGUGCGAAGGUAUCGCCUGACUACUCGCGUAUCGUCAACGAAAGUCACUUCCAGCGUCUCAAGUCUAUGCUUGACAACACAAAGGGCAAGAUCCUCAUGGGUGGCACCAUGGAUGAGAAGGAGCUCUUCAUUGAGCCUACCGUUGUCCAGGUGAACUCCGUCGAUGACUCGCUGUGCACUCAGGAGAGUUUCGGACCCUUCAUCCCCAUUCUGCCCGUCGAGGACCUGGAUGAGGCCGUCAACCUGGCAAACGGUGUCCAGGCCACCCCGCUUGGUCUCUACCCAUUCGGCAACAAGGCCGAUGUGGCAAAGAUUAUUGCUACUACCCGCUCCGGUGGUGUUUCCUGCAAUGAUGCUGCGUUGCACAUUCCUACCCUGCCCUUCGGUGGUGUCGGCGAGAGUGGCUACGGCUCAUACCGUGGCCGCUCCAGCUUCGACGUCUGGGUGCACCGUCGUCCCAUCACCAGCAGCCCUGGCUGGCUGGAAUCCAUCCUGUCUAUUCGCUACCCGCCUUACGCCGGCAAGCUGUCCAAGUGGAAGGCUGCCAGCACCCUGGCCCCCGACUUUGACCGCAGUGGCAAGAAGGUCACUCUCGGCUGGUUGCGAUUCAUUCUGACUUUGGGCGGAGGAAGUGCCAAGGCCGGUGCUGGGCGUGCUGCCGUUGUUGCUGCUAUUGCCUAUAUCGUGAUGCAAGCUCUAGAGCGCCGCACAUCGAAACUGUGA